GCGGUUCCGCUCCACGAGCAAAGUACGUGACUCUCCCUGCCCAUAGGCUACGGAUAGCUGUAAUGACAUAUCCGGCAUGGGAAGGACAAGAAUGUAGGCAAGGGAAUGAGGGAAUCGCCUAUUAGGUAAAUAAAACCAUGGCAUUAAGUUCCUAAAGUGCAAGACUGCAAAAUGUGUGUUGGAUUGCGUUAGCUGUCAGGAGUCCAGGAUGAGUGUUAAUGUCACAUCACCACGAAGUAGAUCUGGGAGGCUGCUUCAUCAUUUGCUGCUGCUGCUCGCGCCUUUGCUCGUGAAGGGGACCGCAGUCUCACGGGUGGCGGAGUUUCAGCGCGCUGACACUGCGCAGGAUUUCCUGGAGAAAUAUGGGUAUCUACAUCAGGAAGAACACAAGCACAGUUCAGCUGAGCUCGAUUCAGCUGUCAGGGAGUUUCAGUGGCUGUCCCAGCUUCCGGUCACAGGCCAGCUGGACGGUGCCACCCUGCAGCAGAUGGCCGCUCCCAGGUGUGGUGUGAGGGAUGGGCGGAGUCAGCGGGCCUGGUCGCGCAGGGUUAACGGUCUCCUAAAAGGCGAGAUGGCCACAGCUAGUGGACCCCGGAGAAUGAAGCGCUACACCCGGACAGACAUGCAGCUUGAAGUCACAUGCAUGUCUAACGACACAAAAGGGGACAGGUGGCAGAAGCGUCACCUGACCUACCGGAUCGUGAAUGGGCCUCGCCACCUCUCCACGGCCCAGGUGCAGCUGGCCGUGCGUGCCGCCUUCCAGCUGUGGAGCAACGUCUCAGCCCUGGCCUUCCGGGAGGUGACCGAGGGACCGGCUGAUAUCCGGCUGGCCUUCUUCGAGGGCGAGCACGAUGACGGCACAGGGAACGCGUUCGACGGCCCAGGUGGGGGAUCGUGGUCGAGCGUCUCCUUGCUGCUCUGCAGUAUUGCAUGUUCACUCACAGGGGGCGCUCUCGCACAUGCGUUCUUCCCCUGCCGGGGAGAGGCACACUUCGACAUGGCCGAGCGCUGGACACUGCACAGCCGCAAGGGGCACAACCUGUUCAUGGUGGUCGCACACGAGAUCGGCCACACGCUGGGGCUGGAGCACUCGCCACUGCGCCAGGCGUUGAUGUCGCCAUACUACAGGAAGCUGGGAAAGGCACUGGUGCUCAGCUGGGAUGACAUCAUCGCCGUGCAGCAGCUCUACGGAAAGCCCGCUGAUGGAAAGUUAACACAGUCAUCCGGGAGAGCGUUCAUGUCAGCUCUGCAGGAUUGGGAGCAGACCCAGACUGAGGAAGACCGGGGGUCCAGCCCACCCCAGUACUGCGAGAGCAACUUCGAUGCCAUCACCAUGGACCAGGACGAGACAGUCCUAGUGUUCCGUGGGGGCCUGUUUUGGGUGGUGUCACCCCAGGGAGAUGUGAGUGCACCUGCCCCACUACAGCGGCGCUGGCCACAGCUGCCCCCCACCAUCGAGGCUGCUGCCUUCUCCCCAGUGGAUAGCAAGUUCUACUUCUUCAAAGGCAGACGCUUAUGGCGCUACUCAAACAGUAGCCUGGACCCCGGUUUUCCCAAGAACCACGCAAAGGCCGGCCUGCCCCGACGCCCCGACUGUGCCUUCUAUUACGCCCCUCUUGGGCACAUGAUUCUGUUCAAGAACUCCCAGUACUUCGUUCUGAACCUGAAGACGCUGCUUCUGGAGCCCUACUACCCCCGAGGCCUGGAGGACUGGAGGGGGCUUCCUCGUGGAGCCCACGGAGCCCUAAGCCGUUCUGAUGGACACCUCUACGUUUUUAGGGGGCACCAGUACUGGCAGUUCAACCUAGCAAAGGUGCGAGUAUCGGGUCACGGUUUUUGGGCCCAAGACCUCCAGUGGGUCGGCUGUCAAAAAAUACGAAGCUCUAAUGAUGUUCUUUAAGCCCUAGAGGGAGCUGUACUACAGAAUCCAGAAAACGGCACUGAAGCGGAAUCUGUGCAAUGUAAUGCAGUACCAUGUGUAAACAAAAUCUCUCACAGUGUAUUCCAGGCUCACGUCUUCGGUUUAUGAAGGCCUUGGACAUUUACAAACUGAAUCUCAAGGAAAACGGUAAUAACGACAGAAAAAUACUCAUAAAUGUUAAUUGUGUGGUGGCUCAUAGAAGUCUGUGCUCAGAAGCCGCCAGUGAAAGCAAACAGACUGAUUCUAGCAGCAGCGAUUAAAGAAAUUAACAGGGAAAGCAACCACAGAGUUUACAUCGCCAGUCACCACGAACAUCACGUGACACUAUUCUGGUCACGUUUUGCCUAGUUCCCGUUCUUUUUUAAAUUUUUAAUUAUACAUUAAACACGUGAAAUAUACAGCUAUCAUUUUUAAAAUGAUACGCAUGAAAGGUGAUUGACAAGUGAUAAGGUUCACACACGACCGAUUGAUGGCAUUGUGUAUAGGAAAGUGUCAGUCAGGAUCUGGAGUAGAGUUGCAUUCCUCUUCUGUGUACAUUAUACAUAAACAAAAAAAUUAUUUAGGAGACAUGCAUUAAUAGGACUCCCUUCACUAGCAUGAACUAACUUAUAGGCCUAUCCAAAGGUGUAGGAAGUUGGGGUUACCCCCAAUAUUUAGAUUCAUCCCUCCCCCUCAAUAAAUGGACCUUUGUAUUUAAAUUUAGUUGUGUUCCCCCAAUAUCAAACACUUUGAUACGCCAUUGCAUAUAUUUGUUAUUUCUCUGAAAGAAGUGUCCUGUUUCACUAAAGGUCUGUUAUGGUCAUUAUUGUACAUUAUUAUCUUUAUGGAAUGAAUGAUCGGGCACUUACUGAAGGACACAACUGACCGUACCUUUCGAUUCAGAUAUCAUGUGUGGAAAGUAUUUAAUUUUUUAAAAUUUCUGCUUCAUUUUAUUUUAUUUUCCUAAACGUUGGUGAGGGUUGUGGAACAACUUCAAUAUCGUCAGUGGGAUGUGUUAUUUGCAGAAGACAGAAAACUGGAUGAAGUGAAUGAUCUGUGCAAAAAUGUUUAAGCAUGACCCAUCCCAAAAAAUCACAAAACAGACUAAAUCAAUGUCAUGUCAUGUAUUAUACCUUACAAUGUCGGGUACAGCGAGUUCUGAUCAAAGCGGAACAAUAGGACCUAAUGAAUGUACAGUUCGACUUUAUCCUUGUCUCAGAUGGCACAAUACAGAUAUAUUUAUGAGCA